AUGUAAAUUUCUAAAAAAGCGCAUUCAUCUUUAAAUCUUGCCAACAAUGACUUAUUGGAAACUCCAGAUAAGAAACCCACGAAUCAUCAUGUCAUUAGAUCAAAUAAACAAGAAGAAAGUGCAAUAAAAGAACCAAUGGUAGUAGAUGUGUCAACUUAUAAUCAUCCUCCAAACCUUCAGAAAUUAAUUCCAGUUUCACAUAUUUUUGGAGCAUAUAAGAGAGUUAAGAAUGUCAUAACAAGAACACCAACUCAAAAAUCCAUGAAAUUAUCAGAAUAAUUCGGAGCUAAUGUCUAUAUAAAAAGAGAAGAUUUGCAAAUUGUUAGAAGCUAUAAGUUAAGAGGAGCCUACAAUAAAAUCAUAUCUAUACCAGAAAGUGAAAGACAUCGUACAGUGUUUUGUUCUAGUGCUGGUAAUCACGCUUAGGGUGUUGCUUAUGUAUGUAAUCUAUUGAAAAUCAACUGUGUUAUUUAUAUGCCAACAAAUACACCUAACAUUAAGUUUAAUGCAGUCAAAUCAUGGGGCAAAUAAUUUGUUCAGAUUGAAUUAGUUGGAGAUACUUUCGAUGAGAGUUUUAGGGCAAGCAAAGAAAGAUGUAAUAAUGAGAAUGGAAUAUAUGUCCAUGCUUUCGAUGAUGAGAAGAUUAUAGAAGGAUAAGGAACUAUUGCUGUUGAAAUUCUAGAGGAUAUUCCUGAGGAUUAAAUUGACUUUGUUUUCUUUCCAGUUGGAGGUGGAGGUUGUGGAGCAGGAAUUUCAUCUUAUUUCAAACAAGUUCACCCUGAAACAAUUUUGAUAGGUGUUGAACCAGAAGGUUCCCCUUCAAUGUAUGAGGCAAUCAAAUAAUAAAAAGUUGUAGAAUUAGAUACUAUUAAUACAUUUGUAGAUGGUGCUGCUAUUAAAAAGUCAGGAGCUAUACCAUUUGAGAUUCUGAAUUCUGUGUUAAAAGAUAUUUUUUUAAUUCCAGAAGGACAUGUUUGCACUACUAUGAUGAAGUUAUUUAACGAAGAAGGAAUACUUGUCGAACCUGCUGGGGCUUUGGCAAUAGCGGCUUUGGAUAGAUUCAAGGAUGAGAUCAGAGGUAAAACUGUUGUUUGUUUGAUUUCUGGCAGCAACAAUGAUUUAGGUAGAAUGACUGACAUUAGAAUGCUUUCAGAAAUUCAUUAGGGUCUCUAAUAUUAUAUGUUUGUAAAUUUCUUUUAAAAACCUGGAGCAUUAAAGCAAUUUAUUAUAAAAUGUUUGGGACCUACAGAUGAAAUCACUAAUUUAGAAUACACAAGAAAAAAUAAUAGAGAAAAGGGACCUGCAUUAGUUGGAGUUAAAGUAAAAAAGCCUCAGGAUUUCGAAGCCAUUAAAAGUAAAAUGGAAGAAUUAAAAAUUACACUUAGAAUUUUAUAACCAAAUCAAGAGAUUUUCAAAAUGUUAUUGUGA